AAUCCAAAUGCUGACCUGUAUAAUCAAGGCCAAGGCUGGCGUCUGCUAGCGACGUCAGCUAGUGACUGUGCGCACUGUGCGCUGUGACAUGUCACGAAAUAGGUCAUAUUUUACUAUCCAGCCAUAGUUCUACAUGGCCUACAGUGGAGUAUGAUUUAAGGUUACGGAUGGAACACGCGGGAAACGGACCUUGUGAUUGACGUUUAUCUUGUAAGUCACCAGACUUGUAUUGACACACAAUGAAUGCCUUACGUCUCUAUCAAAAUGCUUACAAGAGGAGUCCUCUGAUAAUACAUGCUGUCGAAACAGGGAUAAUUAUGACGUCCGCCGACGUUCUCUCACAAAUUAUGGUCGAACGCAGGUCACUGACUUCAGUCGAUUUGGAAAGAUCAAUAAGAUUUGGUGGCAUUGGUAUAUGCUAUGUGGCUCCCAUGCGUGUUGCAUGGUAUAAGAUACUUGAGAGGAAAAUACCCGGAUGCAAUGUCAAGUCAAUUCUACAGAAAGUGGCUCUGGAUCAGCUAUGCUUUGCUCCCCCAUUUGUACUAGUUCUAGUUUCAGCAGUUAGUUUCACCAGUGGUAUGAACAUUGACCAAGUAAUACAGAAACUAAAAAAUACUUAUUCAGACAUAAUGCUCAACAACUUAAAGGUGUGGCCGUGUGUACAACUCUGCAACUUUUAUUUGGUACCAGUCCACAUGAGAAUGACCACCGUUCAAGUUGUUUCCUUAAUGUGGAAUAUUUAUCUCAGCUGGAAAACAAAUCUCAAUAAAGAGUAACUUGCCAAGUUAGUUUCAGGGCUAACAAAAUUAUAGCAAAACUGUAUUUUUUCAUUAUUUUAUUGUCUGGCAAUAAACAGAUGCAGAUUCUCCAUUUAGUCAAAGAGACCAAA